AAGUACCUCCCCACACACAUAAACUUGCACCCUAAAGGAAGGAGAUGGCACUAGGAUCCUGAAAAUGCUCUUCACCUGGGAGCUUGGGAGAGGACUGCUUCUUCUGAAAAUGGCUCUGGAAGUAGGUGGCUCCUCCUUCCUGUACAAGCAUUUUAUUUCCUACUUUGACACUAACUCUUUGUUCUUGUUUUCAACGUAGGAGCCGUAGCUCUUCUGGCCACUUGUAAGUGCAACUGGAAUGGGUAAUGGUGUGAGAGAAGGUCGAGUGGAUUUCCAGCGGCAGGAUGUGGAGCCAGUUCCGUCAACCCAUCUGCCACCAGAGGAAACCCGGGAGAAAAAGAACGUACUCAACUCCCUGAUGUCUGGUGCAUUGGCUGGUGCUGUUGCUAAAACUGCAGUAGCUCCACUGGAUAGGACGAAAAUCAUGUUUCAAGUGUCUUCAAAAAGAUUUUCUGCCAAGGAAGCCUACAGGCUGAUUUAUCGCACCUACCUCAAUGAAGGCCUCUGGAGUCUCUGGAGGGGGAACUCAGCCACUAUGGUCCGUGUGAUCCCUUACGCUGCCAUUCAGUUCUGUGCACACGAAGAGUACAAGCAGCUCCUGGGGAGUUACUACGGCUUCCAGGGAAAGUACAGCAAUAUUGUUCAUGUCUUCAUCCGAAUAUCCCGAGAGGAAGGAUUGAAGACAUUGUAUAGGGGAUUUACACCAACCAUCAUUGGAGUGAUUCCAUAUGCUGGGCUUAGCUUCUUCACCUACGAGACGCUGAAGAAACUACAUGCAGAUCACAGUGGGAAGUUGCAGCCAUCCCCCCCGGAGCGCCUCUUGUUUGGUGCCUGUGCAGGUUUGAUUGGUCAGUCAGCAUCUUACCCCCUGGACGUGGUUCGCCGGCGGAUGCAGACGGCGGGCGUCACGGGACACACGUACAGUUCCAUCCUUCUCACCAUGCAGGAGAUUAUAAGAGAAGAGGGACUAAUCCGUGGCUUGUACAAAGGACUCAGCAUGAACUGGGUCAAAGGUCCAAUUGCAGUGGGAAUAAGCUUCACAACCUUUGACCUGACGCAGAUCCUUCUCCGUAAAUUACAGCACAGCUCUAAUAUUGAAAGGUAGUAGCUUAAUUCCCGCAGCCCUUGCUGGGGAAAAGUACAACACGUGUAGAAAGAGCAAUGCUAGCCUUCCCUCACCUCAUACCUGCUCUCCUACAGCUGAGAACUCACCUUUACUUAUUUGUUAUUUUCUGUUGUUGGAUUUUCUUCUUUUUAAUGAGCCUCUGAGUUACUUGGAAACCUCAACCUGAAACUAAUUCUUUCCUAAGCAAACUUCUUCCUAGAAUUCUGCAGAACCGAGUCCUCUACAGUAGCUGCCUCACCCUUCUGGUUUACUCUUUGAUACCAGGAGUGGAGCCUCUCAAACAAAACCGUGCUGCUGCUGGCUCCUCACCUGGGUCUCUGUGGGCAGAUGAAGCGGUGGAUGAUGAAAGAGAGGACUCGGUGCUGGAGGAAUGAACCCCUGAAUCUGGGAAGUGACUGCUAUUCCCAGUAGGCAGUUUUUAGUUAUUGAACAUGUGUUAGCUGGUGGCAGUCUGUCAAGUGCAAUAUUCCAGUUUGUCUGUAGGGAAUUCCAGAUUCCUCUGACCUGUAAACAUCAGUCUCCAUAAAACAGGACACAGCAGGAUUUAACAGGUCCAGGUCACUUCCAGAACAUAAGAAGUCGAAUGUGAGCUCUGGCUGGAAACACUAUCCUUUUUCAAACGUUCUUCUUAUUUCUGGGUUGAGUUGCAUAAAAUAUCCCUUGCUCCAGCAUCCCUUUGAGAUUACCAAAGACUGAGGCCAGCAGGAGAGGAAAGUUCUGAGCAGUUUUGGAAUUCAAAUCCUCAUGUUUGUUGUCAGUGUUGAGGAGGGGCUGUGCCUGGAGUCGCAAACUGGAUUGAAUCAAUGCGCAGUAGUGCUUUUGGGCUCCCUGAACCCUUCUGUUGUGGUUAUGGUCUUAAAGGCAGCGUUUUCUGAGGGAUUUGGCAGACCCUAAUGUUGACGCACUAGAAAAGGAAGUGUUACAGACUUGAAAUUUCAGCAGUGGUAUCCUUCAGUAUUAUUGUUGCUGCUUUAUGCAAGAACAAACAUCAGGGAGAUGCAGACCCAGCGAUCCUGAGAGGCUCUUCGUGUCCGGUGAAUGUGGCCCGGCAGUUGGCUCGAGCUGCUGGUCCUGCUUCUGAACAACUUUGUUGUCUUAUGGUGCCUGCUGUGUAGGUUGUCUCCCCUCCGGUCAUUAGUCCACACCUAAGCCCACUUGUUUUUAUUCCUAGAGUUGUUCUGGACCAGCUGGGUCCUUGGGAGAAUGGGAAUACCCAAGCCAGUAUUGAUCCUUCAGAAAUGAUAACCUAGUGCCAAUCAUUUCCAGCUGCAAUCUGAAAACGUAAAGUACCUUUCAGUGUUUCUAUUUGAGAUCAGUUUUCAGGGAAAUGGAGAUUUUUGGGGGUGGUUUUGGUUUACGUUCCAUUCCUAGAUGAAAUUUGGAGUGUAACAAAGGUCACAGCAAACUUCAGACUUCUCCGAGAAUCAGAUGACAUAAGCUAAGAUUAAAAAUCCCUUUCCAGCUGAUAUAGCCCAUAAUGUAUUGAAGAAAAAUAAGGUGUCAUUUAAAAGCUGUCCUUUUCUGGUGUAUUUUAGCUGUUGUAGUUUGAGCCUUGUGUCUUUAUUAAUGGGACUGGAGGUAAUUGCACAAUUGGUAGAAAUAGCUUUCUCCUUUCUUUUGCAUUUGCACUUGUUCUUUGGAGCAUAACUUGCUUCUAAUGCCAAAUAUUUCCCCAGGAAUCGAGCACCUACACUUCCAGUUUGUGGACGUGGCAGAAAACCAGUGUACUGAAGCAUUAGCAUGUGUGGUGUUCCCAGAACACGUGGGAUCGAUCAUGCUUUAAUGCUCAUGGGUGAGCGGGGUAUUAACCUCAGUGAUUUCUGCUUCCAAGCCCACAAAUGGUGAUUUCCGUUGUGAAACUGCAGUCACUGAUUUACCUUGUGAUUAAUGUUAGAUGUUGCUGUUUUCAGAGUCUUUAGAGGUGAUAGCCAUGAAUUCUGUACAUGUUUUGCUCCCAUUGCUAGGGGAAGAUGAUCAGCUGUUCUCUUUGGGUGAAAUUUUGUUUAGUCCUAUGCAAGAGCUCUGAUUUCUUUUCUCCAAUGGAGAAGCCAAUUACUUCCGCUCUUCUGUUUAUCUUGUCUGGCCCAGUGAGGAAACCCUGAGGCAGUUGUAUCCUACCACAAAAGUGAGGUACAGGCCAGGAACCAGGUGUGCCAGCGGUUGACUCUGCGUGCGUACGUGUCUGACUGUGUGCACAAUCCGUGCCAAGCUCUCUCUCAGCUUGGAGGCUGCUGGUUCAAAGCACAGUCCUUCCUGCCCAGCCGAUGGGUACUAUAUGAAGACAAGAGGAAGGUGAACUGCGGCAUCCAAGCUACAGUGAGCUCCUUUGCUCCACAGUAUGGGAGGUCAUCUCAGAGGCAAGCGCAGUAGCGCUUGUCUUAGGAGAUGAUGAGCAUCGCUGAACCUCUGUGGCAACAGAGGUGGCUUAAUUCCUCCUGGGUCCUGACGGAGAAAGGAUUUACACUGGAUGACUAGCCCCUUGUUUGGGACUGAACGGGAGGGCAGAUCUGCACAAGGUACCUUCUGCUGUGUCAGGAGUGCAGCCAGUACGGGAAAUGAACGGGGACCUGUGGAGGAGGCAGCUUCUGCUGAGCCCAGCAUCGCCCACUGUGGUGCAGGCAGCUCAUCGAGAGCCUGGGGACUCCCAGCUGAGAAACAAGACCUGAAGCGCAGCCAGGCUUGAAGCGUUGGGCUCAGAUCAGUUGUUCCUGAAUGAACCCCUGAUUUUAAUUCAGUGGAAUUUUAGCCAAACAUGUUUGCCCAAGUUCUGCAGGCUGAGUGUUGGUUCAGAGACACGUCUCUGAAUUCAGUCUGUGGUGGGUUCGGUGCUUUUGUUUCUUGGGAAGGAGUGUUCAGAGUAACUGUGUGUUACUGCUUUGGGUUCUUUCAAAUAGGGUUGUUUUUGUUUUCACUUUUAUUUUUCCUGUCUGAUUUGAAUGUAGGAAAGGAGAAACAGAGUGUUCUCUUCCCCUCUCCUAAUCCCUGCAUGAAUUGAGGUAUGUUCCAGAUCUCUCUGCUGCCUCAGUGAGUGCCCGAGGAGUUUUGGGCAUGCUGAUUUCGAAAGGGAGGAUGUGUGUGUGCUGGCCAAGAAGAUCCGUUGCCUUUAGCUCUGAGGAAGGAGCUCUGAGAGAAAUCUAACAGGAAUAUUCUCUAGUUGUUCUCUUUAGAACUUCUUUAUUACCACAAAUUCCCUAAUGUUUCAUUUUAUUCUUCUUGAAUACCUUGCUUUUAUUUCCAAGUCGUGUUUCUCUUUGUUCCUUAAUGUGUUACUGCCAAACAUUAACUUGUGCUUUUAUUGUCCUCCCUCUGCUCUCCUUCCCUCCCUGCUUCUGCACCUUUAGUCCCGCACGAGCACUUCAAGAAAAUCAGGUCCAAUGAAAUGCAUCCAAAAUGACAAAUUGCAGCUUUGAUAAUGAUGCCCAAACAGCCCAGCUCAGCUUCCCCCUCACAGGCAAGGGAUGCUUGAAUGCGGAGACAAGAAGUUAAAGGCACUAAGUGAUGGGGCAGAAGGUUUUGUUUGAAAGGAUCUUGAACUCCUUGUCCAGCCCCAGCGCCUUCACUUUCCCUUAGCACCUUCCCUUCACGAGUUGUGAAAUGCUGCUGCUCCUUCAUGUUCCCUCUCUCAAUACCUCCAGUGAUGCCCACGUGCUCUGUGGAAGUGGCUGCUUGCUGGGUACAAGGCUUGGGGAGAGCUCGUCCUUCUGGGAGGCUCCAAGGGUCACUUGGGGAGCUUGGAUAUGUGAGAGGUGGCAUCUGAACUGGCUUCCUGCGAGCCUGUUUGCCCUGCGCAGAGCUCUCCCAGCGCCCCGGGAAGCCAGAGCUGCCCAUGAGCUGGCCUGGCUGGUGGUUGGCAGGAGCAUGGUGGAAGGCUCAAGAGAGGAAUUGCAGCCUCCUGAGGCACAGAGUCACUGAAAGCCAUGGGCUGGGUUGUGUGGUGGAGCUUUGGUACUCUGGGGGAGCUCUCCAAAAGCAGUUUCAUAGCUUCUGUGUUAAGACAGUGGUACUUUGUGAACUUCUUGCCACCUUCUGCCUAGAAGGACUGCAGUCUUCACCCUUUAGUGUCUUUAACACAGGAGCAGAUGAGGCAUGAAAAGAAGCUUGAGCACUGUGGCAACCCCAAGUGAGUCUGGCACCGGCCUUGGGCAGGCAGGAGGAGUGGGGAAUGCAGUGGGAUACUUCUCACAUCGAUUCCUCAGUGCCUGGCUGGGUCCUCGAGCCCUGCAGAGAGCCAGGAUGUACAUUUGGACCCUCCUUACCUGGACAGGGCCAGAGGAGGAGGUGGCCUUCCUACAAACCAGCCUUUAUUUCUUCUUGUAGGGGCCGAUUCCUCCCAUUAUCCCCAUGUGAGGCAGGUUUCCCAGCGCUGCUCACUGUGUGGUCUAUGCAUAUAUUAGCACAAACACUGUUCGAUUGCCUUUUGUCCUCACCAUCCCUGUGUGUGAGUGAGCGUGUGUGUCGAUUUUGACUGCUUUUUCUUGGAUCUGGAGUUCUAUUUUAUUGCAGUGAAGACACUUUGUUAUAUGAUGUUUAUAUAUUUGAAGAUUUGUGCCAAGAGAGGAUGUAUAUUUAAUAAAAAAUAUAUAAUUGACUUUG